AGCGAGUGCAACGGUAAUUGUCCAUCGAAGCGUAUCGGGCAGCGCACGUGGCGGGACAAACAGUUGUUGUCUUUUGUCUUAUAAUUAACUGCGCUCAAUCGCCGCAGCGGCGUUGGUCACGAUGGAAGGGCGAGCCGUGUCACUCCGCUCGCUGUGGCAACGUUCAAGCGCACCAUGAAGGCGACUUUGGUAUUUUGGCUGUUUGCCGGCCUGCGGUCGCUGGCUGCGGCCGAAACCAUUGCCGAGAUCAACGGGAACAGGUUUAUUUCGCCGUACUCGGGGAAGACCGUCACCAAUGUCACCGGCCUCCUGAUUGCCAAGGGGCCCGAUGGCAUCUGGAUCCGCUCGACGACUCCGGACGACGACGAUGCCACCUCGGAGGCCAUCUACGUGUACAGCAAGACCGUCGGGUCUGCGCUUUCUGUGGGCGACAUCAUCUCGCUCGACGGCAAAGUGUCCGAGUACCGGUCAAGCGAUAGCUACAUUUACCUGACCGAGAUCACCUCCCCAAAGAACGUGCAGGUGGUGUCGACCGGUAACGCAGUGAAGCCCCUAGUCAUUGGCAAGGACACGCUGUCGCCGCCCACGGAGCAGUACACCAGCCUCGACGGCGGUGACAUUUACAGCGUCCCCAACGGUGUUGCCAACAUCUCUGCGGAGAACCCUGUGCUGCAGCCGACCAAGUACGGCCUCGACUUCUGGGAGAGCCUCAGCGGCGAGCUCGUCACGGUGAAGGCGCCAUGGGCCGUCAAGACGCCCAACAAGUACGGCGACACCUGGGUGGUUGGUGACUGGACCGUGACCGGGAAGAAUAGGCAUGGCGGUGUCACCAUGUCGGAUAAGGACUCUAACCCGGAGGUCAUCAUCAUCGGUUCGCCUCUUGAUGGCACCAAGAACCCUUCCAAUUCCAAGAUGGGAGAUCAGUUUGAAGACAUUACGGGCGUAGUCCAGCAGGCCUAUGGCUUCUACGCCAUCCUUCCUCUGACCGCCAUCAAGACGACCACCACCGCCUCUGCCGCGGCCCCUCCCACCACCUUGCUCAGCCAGGGCAAGUGCAAGGCCCUCACAGUCGGCAGCUACAACGUCGAGAACCUCGCUCCGACGUCGGCCCACCUGCCCAAGGUUGCCGGUCAGAUCGUCUAUUACCUCAAGACUCCCGACCUGCUGUUCAUCCAGGAAGUGCAAGACGACAGCGGCCCCACCGACGACGGCGUGGUCUCUGCCAACGCCACCCUCACUGCCCUCGUGGGCGCCAUCAAGGACCUCAGCAACGUCACCUACGCCUUCACCGACAUCAACCCCGUCUCGAACGAGGACGGUGGCCAGCCGGGCGGCAACAUCCGCGUAGCGUACCUCUACCGUCCCGAAGUCGUGAGCCUGUACCUUCCAAACAAGGGAGGUCCCACCGACGCGACCAAGGUUGUGGCGGCACAGGGCAAGGGAAAGAGCUUGGACAGUGCGCCGACUCUGUCCUUCAACCCGGGACGGGUGGACCCGGCCAAUCCGGCGUGGAAGGAUACCCGAAAGCCGCUGGCUGCCGCGUGGACGGCCAAGGGGGCCAGCCGCCCGUUCUACACGGUAAACGUGCACUGGUCCAGCAAGGGCGGCGGCACGUCGCUUCAUGGCGACCAGAGGCCGCCCAUCAACGGGGCCGUGGCGGCGCGAACCGCGCAGGCAAACGUGACGGCGUCGUUCAUUGCAGAGAUUCUGGCCCUCGACCCGGCGGCGAAUGUUAUUGCCGCCGGCGACUUCAACGAGUUUGCCUUUGUGCAGCCGCUCAAGACCUUCGCGGCCGUCUCAAAGAUGGUCGAGCUGGACGAGGCGGUUAAGACACCCGUCGCGGAACGAUAUACCUACGCCUACGACAUGAACGCCCAAGCGUUGGACCAUAUGUAUGUCAGCCCGGCGCUGGCGAAGAGCAAGACGACUCGCUUUGAGCACAUUCACGUCAACUCGUGGGCGGCUUUCGACGAUGUUGUGUCGGAUCAUGACCCGAGCGUCGCUUUGUUUGACGUUUGCGGUUGAGAUGGGGAUGAAAAGGGUUUUCGUACUGUAUUUAAGGUUCUUGAUUUUCUCUUCCCUUUAGACAGCGUCAAUCUUCUUGGGGGUAUAAGUGGUUUUAGGGAUGAUGUCUAUUCUAUCAAACGUUGUAGAACUGUACAAGCUUGAGGAGAAAUCAUGACGCGCGCCUGCCAUUCCGGCUGUAG